CGCCAAGCUCUCACUGUCUGGAUGCUGCUGCAGCCAGCGUAAAGGUUUACCGGGCUGGACCAACCGAAGCAUCUGCCUGCACAUCUAACCGGACUUUAUUGUUAAUAAACCAGCCCUGAAAGUGAACGAAAACCGCUUUUCUAGGACAUAGCAAAGGAAGUUGAGCCAUGUCUUCCAGCGCAGCAACGGCCCGCAUCCUCAUAAAGGGAGGUAAAGUUGUAAACGAUGACUUCACACAGGAAGCAGAUGUAUACAUCGAGAACGGCAUUAUCCAGCAGGUGGGCAAGGAGCUGAUGAUUCCUGGUGGGGCCAAAGUUAUAGAUGCCACUGGUAAACUGGUGAUCCCGGGUGGAAUAGACACCAGCGUUCACCUUAAUGAAACCUUUAUGAACGCCUGUACGGCGGAUGACUUCUACAGCGGCACAAAGGCUGCUUUGGCUGGAGGCACAACUAUGGUGAUUGGUCACGUGCUUCCAGAGAAGAAUGAGUCUCUGCUGGACGCUUAUGACAAGUGUCGUGCUCAUGCUGACCCCAAGGCCUGCUGUGACUACGCUCUUCAUGUUGGGGUUACCUGGUGGGGACCAAAGGUUCGUGCUCAGAUGGAGACGCUGGUGCGGGAAAAAGGGGUGAACUCCUUCCAGAUGUUCAUGGCCUAUAAGGACGUCUACAUGCUGAGAGACAGUGAGCUCUUCCAAGCCCUCCAGAACUGCAAGGACAUUGGUGCAGUGGCCCGUGUCCAUGCGGAGAGCGGGGAGCUGGUUGCUGAGGGUGCCAAAGAAGCAUUGGAUCUGGGUAUAAGUGGACCAGAAGGCAUUGAGAUAAGCAGGCCUGAAGAGCUGGAAGCAGAAGCCGCCCACCGAGCCAUCACCAUCGCUAACAGAGCUCACUGUCCCAUAUAUCUCGUGAAUGUAUCCAGCAUGUCGGCAGGUGAUGUUUUAGCAUCAGCCAAAAUGCAGGGGAAAGUGGUGCACGGAGAGACCACCACAGCUCACGCUGUAUUAAAUGGACUGCAGUACUACCACCAGGAUUGGGCUCACGCUGCUGCUUUCGUCACUGUGCCACCCCUCAGACUGGACCCCAAUACACCCAAUUACCUGCUCAGCCUUCUGGGAAAUGACACUCUCAACGUUGUGGCAUCGGAUCACCGGCCCUUUACCACUAAACAGAAGGCAAUGGGCAAGGAUGACUUCACUAAAAUCCCUCACGGUGUUGCAGGAGUGGAGGAUCGCAUGAGUGUUAUCUGGGAGAGGGGAGUGGUUGGAGGCAAGAUGGACGAGAAUCGUUUUGUUGCUGUCACUAGUGCCAAUGCUGCAAAGAUCUACAACCUUUAUCCCCGGAAAGGCAGGAUCAUUCCUGGGGCUGAUGCUGAUGUGGUCGUCUGGGAUCCAGAGUCAACAAGGACCAUCGCUGCAGCCACUCAGUGGCAGGGUGGUGAUGUAAACCUGUACGAGAAUCUACGCUGUCACGGCGUCCCCCUGGUAACCAUCAGCCGGGGGCGCGUAGUCUAUGAAAAUGGCAUUUUUACUUGCGCCGAGGGCUCGGGGAAGUUCUACCCUCUACGAACUUUCCCAGACUACCUCUAUAAGAAAAUGGUCCAGCGGGAGAAGUGUCAGGCACUUAAGGGCGUAGAACGAGCACCAUACACUGGGGAUGUAGCUGCAGUACAAAAUUCAGGCAAGAAGGAAUCGGCCACUGCAGAUGGGGACAUGGCCCCACGACCUUGUACUCGCCACGGGGGAAUGAGAGACCUGCAUGAGUCCGGCUUUAGCUUGUCUGGUGCUCAGAUCGAUGACAACAUUCCAAAGAGAGCCUCUGCCAGGAUUCUAGCGCCACCCGGUGGUCGCUCUAGUGGAAUCUGGUAAACCUUCGGAGCAGCACUUUAAAAAUUCUGAAACUAAACACAUUCAUGUUUUGGCAGCCUCACAUCUGAUUCACGUUAUUUAAUUUUAAACACUUGCAAUUAAACUUCAUUGUUUUUAUAUAUGUAUAUGUGUACAAGGUAACAAUAUAUUUGUUUGUAAGCAAGAUGCAAGUCAGAAUUUCUUGUGAGAGAUUUGGUAAUAAAAAGUAACAGGGUGUUUCGUUCUUUAUAUUAAAAGGAAUAAAAUUGUGAAGGUUGUAUUUAGAUGAAACACAGCUGUAGUGCAGAAUAAACCAGUUAAAUUUUAGGCAUUGUUUUUAGGGUACGGGGAGAGACCCUUUUAUAAGUAUAUGCUUUUAAAGUAUUCCUAAAACAGCAACCGAACAUUUUGUUUAGAAUGGAAUUGAUUUUAGUUUUUGUAUCGUUCAUGGCUUAAAAAUGUGAACAAUUGUAAAGUUAUUUAAUAUUUUAACUGUUUUAAUGUGUUGACAGAUGACUAUACAUUUACCUCAGUGUGUUAACUUUUGAAUUACACUACACUUACAGUAUGUACAAUAGCAUCCUGCCUCUCCACAGUUACAACUAUGCUGACCAAUCAACAACUUUUGAUAGCAUACAAAAACGUUUUUGCUCUUUGUUAAGGUGUUUCAGUAUUUUUAUGCUUAUUUUUUUGAUGUACUGAAGAUUUAAAGGCCAAUUCGGUGUAUUUGAUUGUUUUUCAGUCGUGUAAGUUAUUUUCAUACCAUUGGUAAAUGACAGACACUUGUUGGUGAUGAAGUCAGGUGGUAUUUAAAUGUUGUUUAUAAGCACAUGGUGUUGACCUAUACAAUGUGAAAUAAGCAUAAUAUUGUUUACUAUGUCACAUAUCAGAUUGUCUUCUUUAGCUCUGUAGUAAAACUAUCUGAAACCUGCUUGAUUCAACACUAAAUAUUAUUAGCUGUAUUAAUUUUGUUAGUUUGCAUUCUCCUUGUUAUUCGUAGGAUCUUAUUGAACAUUCAAAGCUGGGUUCUGAACUAUAAUUAUGGUGAAAUACCAUUGGUUUACUGUUUACUUAAAGAUUACCACUGUGCAUUCAGAAACAUUUAUGGUUCAUUUUUACUAACCACACCCCAGUUAAAGACACCAGACUGCUAACCGAGUCAUGUGUUCAUUUUGGUACAUGUUGGUGUAAGUUGCUUCACGCACUUCUGUAAAGAGACCAUUUGAAAACACUUUACCUGUUAAACACGAUGUAAUGGUGACAAGCAUUAGUGUGAAAAGAGCAUUUCUGUUGGUGCUGAAUAUUCAUGUAUUUUUUUAUUCUGGAUUUUCAGUAUGCAUUUCAAUUUUCUAAAAUGUGUUGUGUAUGCACAGUUGUGUGUAUUAACAUAUGUUUAUCUCAUGAAAAAGUGCAAAUAAACCCCCUUCAACCUCAA